AUGAACCGUUGGCAAGGACAGGUAGCUGUCGUUACAGGUGCUAGUGCCGGUAUUGGGGCUUCCAUUGCUGAAAAACUGGUUAAGGAGGGCCUACAGGUGGUGGGGAUUGCUCGAAGAAAAGACAGAGUAGAAGAAUUAGCUGCAAAAUUAAAAGAUGACAAAGGAAAACUUUAUGCAGUCAGAGCCGAUUUAAUGAAAAAGGAAGACAUAUUAGAGGCAUUUGAUUGGAUUGGAAAGAAUGUGGGUCCAAUUAGUAUUCUAAUAAACAACGCUGGCCUUGGAAGAAAAACAAAUCUUAUAAACGGCAACAUCGAAGAUUGGUCCUUGGUCUUGGACACCAAUGUCCUUGGUCUAGCUAUUGCAACGCGAGAAGCUAUUAAAAGUAUGCAAGAAAAUAACAUAGAUGGUCACAUUAUAAACAUCAACAGUACCGCUGGUCACCAAGUUCCAUCGAUUCCAUACAAUAACGUAUAUCCAGCUUCAAAGUUUGCCGUAACUGGUUUAACAGAAACUUUGAGAAAGGAACUCAUCACACUUGGAAGCAAGAUUAAAGUUUCGAGCGUCAGUCCAGGAUGUGUAAUGACCGAAAUUUAUGAAGCAAAUGGAUUCACCGAGGACGAAGAAGUAAACAAAUUGUUGAAAAUUGUGCCUGCACUUCAAGCCGAAGAUGUUGCUAAUGCUGUUUUGUAUGUGUUAGGAACCCCGCCUAAUGUUCAGGUAACCGAACUUACAGUGAAGCCUCUUGGAGAGUUUGUAUAA